AUGGCCGACGACAGACGUGACGCGGGCGAUCGUCCACGCGAUCGAUUCCGCGACCGAGAUAGCGGCCAUCGUGAAUCUCGAGCUGGAGGUCGCGACCGCGGAAACUCACCAGACGACCGCCGCAACCGCUCACGAAGCCCACGUUACGAGCGCGGCGGUCGCGGCGGUCGUUACCGGUCACGAUCGCCUGUUCGCCGGAACGGCCGAGAUGGAGGGGACCGAGACUUCGAACGCAACGAUCGACGACAGGACCGCGACCGCGGUGGCCCACGAGACUCGCGACCAAGCCGUGAUGCGCCCAAAGGUCCUCGCGGUGCGCCAUCAGGGCCUCGUAAGGAUUUGAAUGCCCAUCCCGGGUCCUCGAAACCUCCCACCGGCCCGCGCGGAGACGCCAAGCAUGAAGAGAGCAAGGAUAUACCGAUGGAGGAUGAGCAGCCGGCUCGCCAGAGACCUGAAGGUAUGGACGAUGAGACAUGGGAAAUGGCUCAAAUGAUGGGCUUCGCGGGUUUCAAGUCCACCAAGAACAAGAAGGUGCCUGGUAACGACAAGAACUAUGGCGUGAGGAAAGAUAAGCGCAUGGAGGCCAGACAGUACAUGAACCGACAAGGUGGUUUCAACAGGCCGCUUUCUCCGUCGAGGAUGUGA